UUGGUUAGUACAGCCUGUCCAUCAGGAGAGGGGAAGCAGGAGCACAGCCAACCGCAGGCUGCUGUGCCGGGACUAGCAGACAUGAACUCCUUGGAACAGGCCGAAGACCUGAAGGCUUUUGAGAGAAGACUGACAGAGUAUGUCUCCUGUUUGCAACCUGCUACAGGCAGGUGGAGAAUGAUUCUGAUAGUGGUGUCUGUGUGUACGGCCACUGGUGCUUGGAACUGGUUAAUUGACCCCGACACACAGAAGGUUUCUUUCUUUUCAUCACUAUGGAAUCAUCCCUUCUUUACCAUCAGCUGCAUCACUCUUAUAGCUCUCUUUUUUGCUGGGAUACACAAACGGGUCGUGGCACCAUCAAUUAUUGCUGCUCGCUGUCGGACAGUUUUAGCAGAAUACAACAUGUCCUGUGAUGAUACUGGGAAACUUAUUCUCAAGCCUAGACCGAACAUCCAGUAACCGAAAGCUUGAAUGUGGAGGUCAGAUAAUGGACCUGCUUUUUUUUUGUCGGCCACUGAUCAGUCCGUGUCUGUCAUCCUUGAGCCGGUUUAAACUACAACAAGAGAAACAGUGUCAUCUUGAUGGAUGUGUUUGGAUGAAGGAAGAAAUGAACUGAAGGGGCCUUUUAACUGUGUUGCUGGUGGAUCUCACAAUUGCAGAAGCUCAUCUGUCUUUGAUAUAUGGUUUAUUUCUGAUGCUGAGCAUGUAUUUUAUCAAAAUGUUUCUAUUUUUUAAAGUUAUUUACCUAAUAAAUACUUAAAAUAUGAAAA